UAACCUGGUACAAAUUGACUGACAUUUCAGAAAUGUAGAUGGUGCAAUUCCCAGAAGACGGUCAUUUUCAGAUUAUUAAUAUUAUUUGUUCCUUUGGUGUGUCAAAGGCAGGUUGUAGUUAACGUUGAUACCGACAGAUCUUUCUUACAAUAGUAGCGUAUAGAUGGUAGAAUUAUAUAUCUAUAAUGUCAUAAGCCAGACGUGUACGAGUUUGGGUUGUGUGUGGUGGUAUUAUUAAUGGUGUGUGGUACCCUGUUAUGUAGUGUUGGUAUUACGUAUGGCGUGUUUAACGGAGCACUUUGAGUACCAACAUAGUAUGUGGUUGUUGUUAAGUCGUUGUUACACGUGUUUGAUGUGGAAGUCUUUGAGUAUCGUAUGUAAAUUAUGUCUUAUAUGUAAUUAUCAGAAAUUGUGUUGAAAGUGUAAAUUUAAAUACAUUGCAUUUAUAGAAGUCUCAGUUUAUUGAAAUGGAGAAAGCAAAUGAGGAUGUGUAUUAUACUGAUAUUGCUAGUCUAAGAGAAGUAUUAGCUGCACCUUCAUUUUCUGAUGAGAACAACGACGUUGUGGAAGAACUUGAAAAUAAUGGGAGUUUUAGUGAUGAGGAAACCUUUGACAGUGGAGCCAGCGGUAAUGAUGAAAGCACAUUUGAUCUGUCACACCCGCAUUUAGAUUUGAAGAACCUUCUUACAGAUGAAAGUGCUUCGCCUCUGAGAAUGUGUAGAACUGUUGGGUCUGCAUGUUACGAUAUGCUGAUUAUUAUGGAGAAAGAGCUCGUGACACUACUUAAGAAAAACAAGGCAAAAGUUAAAGACCUUCAGGACCAUAUUGAUUCAGUCAAGAUUCAAAAUGAAAAGUCACUAAUGACUCGAAGUAAUUGGUAUUACAUGUUUGGUAUUCCAUACUUCAAGGACCGUCAUUAUUUUCCGUGCCCUCCAAAUGAAGAUUAUUUGAGAAAAACUGCGAACAUGGAGUUGAAUAUAAUAGAUCUCCCAGUACUUAAACAAUGGAAAGAUAAAGAUAAACUUAAGCUAAUGACAGCUGUAAAAGCACAGGAAAUAGCUAAUCAAAUUAAAGUAGCAGAAGCCAAAAAGCAAUCUAUUUUAAAGGCACUAGAUUGUGAAGAUAAUUCUUCAAAGGCUGAAGAAUUAGAAAAUAAGUUUAAAGAUUGUAACCCAGCUUGUAUUGAGACUAAGAGUCUUGCAGAACUUGUAGGAUUCAAUAAGUCAGAAUAUGAUUGGAUGAAAAUAUCAGUAGUAGAUUUAGAAGGUUUACACAGUGCUGAAGAAUGUCGUGCAAUGUGGCACAAUUAUCUUCAUCCUAUGAUAAGGAAAUCAAAGUGGACAAAAGAUGAAGAUGAUAAAUUGAAAGAACUUGUUGUUAAGUAUGAAAAUCAAAACUGGGAUGCAAUAGCACAGGAGCUUGGCACUCAGCGUUCUGCAUAUCAGUGCAUGUUUCAGUAUCAAACAAGACUCAAUGAUUCAUUGAGGAGGAGCAAGUGGACAAAAGAAGAGGAUGAUUACCUCAAGGAAACAGUGGAAAGAUGUCGGUUUGGUUCAUACAUUCCAUGGUCUAAAGUGACUUAUUUUAUGACUGGCCGUAGUAAAAGCCAAGUGUUUAAUCGCUGGACCUAUUCAAUAAACCCUUCAAUCAAAAGGGGACGCUUCACAAAAGAAGAAGAUAUGCUAGUGGUUGCUGCUGUACGAAGGUAUGGGACUGAUUUUGCUCGUGUAGCACGGUUCAUCCCUGGUCGCACUUCAAUACAGGUUCGUGAUCGGUACUGUUUAUUUUUGAAAUGUGAAAAGAGUGGUAAUCCGUGGACAACAGAUGAUGAUGCCUUCUUGUUGGCUUUAGUUAAAGAACAUGGAGAAGGAAACUGGAGUAAAAUUAGCCAACAUUUUGUGAGUCGGAAUAGAAUUCAAGUCAGACGUCGCUAUGUCACUCUCCAGAAAUGGCUGAAGAAAGUUCCUGUAGAUAUAACAGAUGUGCUUCCUGCACCUUCACGACAACUGAACGUUGAAAGUAACAGAGAAGAAAAGAUCUGGAACAGGGUGCUAGUUAUUCUACAGAAUAUGAAAGAAGGUACAGAAAUGAAUGAAAACAAUUUGUUGAAGCUGAAAGAAAAGUUUAGUGCGGAAAUGAGGAAGCGUCCAGGACGCAAGUUGGGGCAAAAGAAAGUGGUGAGUAUACUCAGCAAACAAUACUAUGCUUUCUUCAGGUGUGUAUAUGCUCAAUAUGGUGGAAGACAGAAGAUUCGAUAUAAUGAAGAUGUACUUCAGAUUAGUGGACAAGUGGUUUACAGCAUGCUUAAAUAUUUUAAGGCACACCUCAAAAUUCCGAAAGAUGAUUCCGCAAUAGAAACUGACCAUCUGCUUCAAGAAGGAGACAAACUUAAUCUUCGUUAUGUUAGAGACAGGGAAGAACAUACAGAUGUAAAUGAGCAGUUUGUACAAGGCAAUGCCAGUACUAAUCCUUGCAGAGAUGUUUUACCACGUGUUGUUACUCCGGCUGAAGUUCCAGAUGGCCAGAUUGCACUUGCUGCUAUUUUAGCUCAGGUUGCAAACACUUCCUCUGCUCUUCCUUAUGUACCUAUGUUCAAUCUGUUUGACAUCUCUUUCAGGAUACCUUACGUGUGUCCUCCCAGCCACACCACUUUGGUAGGAUUCCGGACUUUUCUUUUAAGCCGUCGGAAUAUCGAAAUAAAUGCAGGUACAAGAUUUAAAUCAUUUGUUACUGACACAACACAUUCUGGUGCCAGUUCAGUGUCUAAUGCAGAAAAGCUCACCUCUGAAGCUGCAGCAACUUUGUGGAGGGAACGGUUAGCUUCAUUGUUUCUGUGGCCUGCCAUAAUGUCAAAUACAGUUCCAAAAGUGAUGGAUAAUUUAUUUCAAAAUGAUGAUGCUUCAGCUGCAAAUACUAGUCAUGCAGACAACGACAGAAAUGAAAAUGAUGGUACUUUAGAAGAUGACGGUGAUACAAGAGCCACAAAGCCGAAGUCCAAUAGGAAACUCUCCAAUAAAAGGAAAAACAGGCGAAAAAAGAAGGAUGCUGCGUUACCACCACCACAAAAGAAGAGAAAGUACGAAAGAAGCGGGAAAUUCAAGAAACAUCGUGAAUGUGGUUUAUUGAGGAGGAGCACACGGCAUGCACCGGUCUUGCAGGCGGACUGCUAGUAUUGGCUACAGUUAACGUGGAAGUGUGGCUUUGUAUGUGGAUGAUCUCGGCCCUUUAAGAGUACGAAGAAAUUCCCUUAUUUCCAGAUUUCCACUUGGUUAUGCAUGGGUGUACACAAUGCCCACAGAAUUAACAAAUUUAAUAACCAAAAAAGAAUGAUUCAUAUGGCAAUACUGGUUGUUUAUCUGGUAGGGCAUUUCAGAUAAUUUAGUUAAUAAAGUUUUGCUGUUCGUUCCAUUUGUGGCACAUUAUUAAGAUGUAUGUUAUGUCUGUAUGGUACUGCAUUUCAGUAGUAAGUCGUUCCCGUUGUAAUAAACAGAUUGCAGAGAGAGCCUGUAUAUACUUUGUUUAGAUUUCAGGUUCUGAAGGUGAUGAGUAUGAAGAUGGUUGUCUUCCAGGAUGUUGCAUCAUGUAGUCUGAUAGGUAUGACUGAUAUUUAAGAGGUUUUGCUCUGAUGAUGGAGGCAGUAAGUACCUCUGAAACAUCAGUCAGUGUUUAAGAGGCUACAUGGCAAAACAUCCCUGAGACAGUAGUCCUGGUGUGUGCCUUGUUUUUAUACAAAGUAUUUUUCAAGUUCUUGGACUUACGACAGACACUUCCUGAAUCUCGGCCACUGUCACUAAAGAGUGCCCUGUAUAUUUUUUUUUGCCAAGAAUCUGUCAUGCUAGUUUCUUUUACAGAGUUCACAGUAAAUACAUUUUCUGGUACACACGUUGAUAUUUAUGAUGUGCAGUUACACCAUGUGUUGACUGCAGAUGAUUAGACUGAGAGAACUUUUUUUCUUGUGGAGUAACUAUUUUCUGGCAUGGAUGAACUGUGUGUAAUAAAAACAGUAUUUUAUAUUUAUAGUA